AUGGCAAUACGUAUUUUAGUAGGUGUUAAACGUGCUAUUGAUUAUGCUGUUAAAAUCCAAGUUAAAUCGGAUAAAACAGGAGUUGUUACAGAAGGUGUUAAACAUUCAAUGAAUCCAUUUGAUGAAAUAGCUGUUGAAGAAGCCAUUCGAUUAAAAGAAAAAAAAAUUGCACAAGAAAUUAUUGCUGUUUCAUGUGGACCUACUCAAUGUCAAGAAACACUUCGAACAGCUUUAGCAUUAGGUGCUGAUCGAGCUAUACAUGUUGAAGUUGCUGGGAAAGAUUAUGAAGCAUUACAACCAUUAGCUAUUUCAAAAUUACUUGCUGCGAUUGCUAAAAAAGAAAAUGUGGAUUUAGUUCUUCUUGGAAAACAGGCGAUUGAUGAUGAUUCAAAUCAAACAGGUCAAAUGGUUGCUGGUCUUCUUUCUUGGCCACAAGCUCUAUUUGCUUCAAAAGUUGACAUUAAAGAUAAAAGCGCUGAAGUCAUGCGUGAAAUUGAUGGUGGUUCAGAAACAAUACGUGUAAAACUACCUGCUGUUAUUACUACUGAUCUUCGUCUUAAUCAACCACGUUUUGCUAAUCUUCCAUCUAUACAAAAAGCUAAGAAAAAACCAAUGGCAAAAAUGUCACCGAGUGAUUUAGGCGUUGAUAUUAAACCUCAUCAAGAAUAUUUAUCCUAUGAAGAACCACCUAAACGACAAGGUGGUGGUCGAGUAUCAAGUGUUGAUGAACUUAUUAGUAAACUUAAAGAAAAAGGACUUGUUUAG